UACCGUAGAGUCUUGAGACGUGAGGGUAGUUGCUGCACCUUAUCGUUGGAACACUAUAAUAGCAGAGUGUUUUAUCAGCGUCUGUGGUUAUCAUAAGAAGGGGAGAAUUACACAGAAGAUUGAAAUUACUGCAAAAUAACGUUUUUUUUAGUAGAAACUUGUGAUAUCAACUCAGCAGAAAUGCCUACAGCAGGGGCUAUGACUCUAAUGUUCAUUGGGGUCAUUCUCUUUGCUAUAAUACUAUUUGUCACAUGCUUCAAGAGGCAGGUUGGUCGCAUGAAGGAUCGCUCAAGGAGAGAUCCCCACAUACCUGGCUCUGAGGCGAAGAAGGCGUUGAGGCGAGAGAUUGAGCGGAGACUGGAUCGGGUGGCAGAAAUUUACUACGAGCCAAAACUGCUCACACUAGAAAUUGACAAUAGAGCAAAUUCCGACCUUCCUCCCUAUUACUUCCGAAUGAAAGCUGUUGAUAAUAUGAAGUAUUUAGAACAAGAGCUGUCAUCACUGGAAGGAGUUGGAGUUCGUGGAUCCAGAGAGAGCAUAAGAGCAUUCCUGAUGAACCUCACCAACCCUGGGAGUGUCUUAGCUGUGGUGGAGCCUCGUAUCAUUCACGAACUCUGUGACUAUUAUGAUCACGCAAGAUAUCAUCCCAUGCAAUUUACUGUAGCACAGUUUACUCCAUACCAUAGUUUGCUACUGCGGAUUUUGCACUGUGGCCGUAAUGGUGAAAAAUUUUCAGGCCGUGUUAUGUCUACUGUCAAAGCACCCAGUGAUCAUGAUUCUGCCAUCGAUGAACCUGAACAUGACCAUAGUGGGGAUGAUGAAAACUUAAUCAUCACGGAUUCCAACAUGGUCUUGCUCCACAGGCCAUCGUCACUCAGAGUGUCCCCAGAGGAUAAUUUUGAAACUUCUGUGUGAGAACAACUUGUACUGGUUUCCUGCACACUUUUUAAAUUAGUUUAUACAGGUGCUACUAAGUUCUGUACAUGAAAGUUCGUGAAGAAGACAUCAAAGCAGAAAAGAGGUAAAUGAGGAGCAGAGCACACUGGGCCCCAAAGAAUUUUUUUUAAAGACAUUACAGCUAGUCAGAGAGCAAAGAUGGAAGUGGCAGCUGUGAAAUUUUAAGCAUGCGGGUAUUUAUUUAAUGAGUAUGUGUGCUUCUAUGACGCUUGUUAUUAUGUACCAAACACUGCCAAAUUCAUUGGAAAUGCUAAUGGUGUGGCAGUAGGUUCUUCACGGUGUAAAAAUAAGUCUUUAUCAUGAAUUAUUUUAUUUAGAUUCAUAGUUUGUGAUAUAAAAUUACUGAUACUGUACUGUACAGUCAAACACAAUAAUUGGGGGACAGAGAAAGAAUCGAAGUCUGGCCAGUGAGGAGCAGGGUGCCUGAAUAAAUCUCAACCCCUCCAAACCCCCUCCCCCCAUUAAUCACUAUACUACAAGUAUUUCCGCGCUAACCUGGCCCGUAAGCCACGUCCCUCGUCUAUAGCUACAAAUAAUUGAUUGGUUCAUAGAAAAUGUUCGUGUAGCUGUCCAUUUAUUCAAACUAAAUGUGUUCACAAUUUGUAAGCAGACCGGUUAUUAUCUAAAAUAAUGUUAAAUCUCUGGAAUAUCAAAAUGGAAAUGAUUUCAAGGCCUUAGCGCUUCAGAGAGGAUGUUAGGAAAUUUUAAAUAUCAUAAAAGGUCGAAGUCAAAGAUGAAAUUUGCUUUCGAAUGAAGCCUUUUCAUUAAUUCUUGGUUUUGUACCAAACAUAGAGUAAACAAAAAUAAGUGCCACCAAACAUAUAGCACAAUAGGUAAUGAACUACCCCUGUACAGUUUGUAUGUCUGGAUAUAUCCCAAAUCAUUUAUAUACAGUAAACCCUUGCGAUUUGCGGGUUUGCAAUUCGCGAUUUUGAUGAUGGUGGCUAUGGUGAAUAGCUUGUGAGCCUCUCCUGCAGCACAACGAGUCACUCCACGCGCCCCCAGCAUCUCCUCUCCCUCUAUUAGAGCUCAACCAUUGCCGGUGAUGCAGCAUCUCUUGUGUUGUACAGGGUACUCUCAAAACUUUAGUGUUUCUGUGUGAAAAUGGCCCCUAAAGGAUUGCCUAGUGUCAGUGCUAGUGGAGUGAAACGUAAAUGGCAGAAGUCGCUGAUGACCCUGACAAAGAAAGAUGAAUUAUUAGACAAGUUAAAGGAGGGGAUGAGUGCUACUGCAGCUGGUCAGUUGUUUGGUAUGAGAAAUCAACCAGGCAUUGGUUCCCUACCAGGAAAUGUUUAAAGACCUCAAAGCCAAGAGGAAACAACAACCACUCAUGAUGUUUUUCAAGAAAACCCCCC